UUUAUGACUAAAUACUCUUUGGAGUUAAAACAAGGAAAAAUAAAAUAAAAUAUGAUAUCCAAACACCCCCUAAGUACUCGAAAUAAACAUGGAAAGCCAAAGCUAAGUAACUUAACAUGGAAAGCAAAAGCUACGUAACUUAGAAAAACUAUAAAUACAAUAACUCCAUCAAACUUGAAGAACCAAAAACUGAAAGAGAAAAAAAAAACAGUCAAACGUUUGCAAUGGUACUACUGCAGUGCGGUGAUUGCGGAGUUUUGCUGAAAUCCCCUGAAGAAGCUCAAUACCAUGGCAAGAACACUUGCCAUACCAACUACCUUGAGACAGAUGAACCUAUGUGCUACCUUGUUUGUAACGAUUGUAACAAAAUUUGCAGCUGUAGAACUGAGAGCCAUUUUCAUGAGAAGAGGUCUGGGCAUACCGGAGGAUUUCAGGACAAAACGGCAGAAGUUGUGGAACAGAAAAGAAGAGCUAGGGAGGAAUACAAUUGUCAGAAGGGGCGGCAGUAUCUUCAAAUGAUCCUUCAGGCAAGAAGAAGACAGCUGCUUCGUAUGCCUUCAAAGGCCGGGCAAAUGAAGGAGUGCCUGGAGACUAUCAAACAGAAUCACAAGGAUGAUGAGGCCAAAGUCAAGGCAGCUUGUUCUGUGCUAAGAAGAUUUGUUGAGAAUGUUCGGAGGUAUCCAGAUGAGGAGAAAUUCCGUAAAAUCAGAAUAAGUAAUGCUGCUUUCCAGGAAAAGGUUGGUUCACUGCUAGGAGGUAUUGAAUUUCUUGAGCUCUGUGGAUUUGAAAAGACUGAAGGGGGUGAAUUCUUGUACAUGCCAAGAGAAAAAGUAUACAUGGAAGUUCUGAACUCAGCUGAGUGGGAGUUGAGAAAUAUUGAAUAGAUGCUAAGUUGCUCGGACUCUCCAAAAAUGUUGCCUCACCCGUGUCGGAUCCUUCAAAAAUACACCCAUAGACAUAUUGGAGGACCCGACACGCACCCAUAGACAUAUUUGAAGAGUCUGAGCAACUUAGAAUAGAUGUAUCAAUAAAACAAAGCUUGUCAAGUUGUGCAAGUAUAACAUGGUUUCUCUUUAUAUGGAUAGGGAUUCAUGUAGUUUGAUCUCGGUUUGUUUGAGACUGAAGUAUGGUUGUUAUCG